CUACCACCACUUCCCCACCCCCCUUCCCCCUCUCUCUUUUCUAUAUAAUCCCCCACACGCACUCUCUUCCUAAUCCAAACACAAUCAACUCUCCAUCUCUCCUGUUCUCUCUCUCUCUCUCAAAACAGAACCAAAACAGAAAAACCUUGAUUUUAAGCUUAGUUUCCUGCCCAUUUAUAUACAAAACUAGGUUAUAUAAUUUGCAGCAGGGUUUUAAUAAACCCCUUUUCUUUCUGGGAAAAGGAAGAUGAUGAUGGCUGAGAAGGAAGAUCUGGGUUUGAGUUUAAGUCUCAGUGUUCCUCAAAAUCAGCAUUCUCUGCAGUUUAAUCUCAUGCCUUCACUGGUUCCAUCUACUGCUGCUUCUUCUCUUUCUGGGUUCAAUCCUCAAAAACCCUCAUGGAAUGCGACCUUCCCUCCUUCAGAUCAAAACUCUGAUCCAUACCGCGCCGAGACCAGAUCGUUCCUUCGAGGAAUCGACGUGAACAGGUUACCAUCUACAGCUGAUUGUGAAGAGGAGGCAGGUGUAUCGUCUCCAAAUAGCACGAUAUCGAGUAUAAGUGGAAAGAGAAGCGAAAGAGAAGGGAUUAACGGAGAGGAGCAUGAGAUGGAGAGAGAUUAUUCUCGUGGAAUCAGUGAUGAAGAGGAUGGUGAUACCUCGAGAAAGAAGCUCAGGCUCUCUAAAGAUCAGGCAGCUAUUCUUGAAGAAAGUUUUAAAGAACACAACACUCUCAACCCAAAGCAGAAGAUGGCCUUGGCUAAACAGCUAGGACUCCGACCUAGACAAGUGGAGGUGUGGUUUCAGAACCGAAGGGCAAGGACAAAGCUGAAGCAAACUGAGGUUGACUGUGAGUUCUUGAAGAGGUGCUGUGAGAACCUAACGGCGGAGAACAGGAGGUUGCAAAAGGAAGUUCAGGAGCUCAGAGCACUGAAACUUUCCCCGCAGUUCUACAUGCAAAUGACCCCACCAACCACCCUCACCAUGUGCCCAUCAUGUGAGCGUGUAGCGGUCCCACCGUCCGCAUCAUCCACCGUUGAUGCUAGGUCCCAUCCCCAUAUGGGCCCCACUCCUCCUCAUCACAGGCCCAUCCCCAUCAACCCAUGGGCCCCAGCCGCACCAAUCACACGUGGACCGACUCCGUUUGAUGUACUACGUCCUAGAUCGUAAUUAGAACAGAAAACAAGUGCCACUUGGUCAUUUAACUCUUCCAGGGGCUAGUGGGACGUGUAGGAAAUGGAGGGGGCAAGAGCCAGGUGUAACAGCGUACCGUAUUCUCGUGCUCGAAGUCUUUGGUCUAAGAUAUGGUUGUUGCAGUGCGUGCGAUUCGGUGGGUCUUCAUGUUUUGUAUUAUUGACCCAUCAAUCUCUUAAAAAACAGGGUUGACAUAAUUAGUUUAAUCUGUGUAGCGUUAGCAAAUUAAUACUAAAUACUCCUUUUCCUGUCAAACACAGAAAAGCCGUGAAACGGGAGGAAGAGGACUUUGGAUGUAAAGAUCAGUAUUUCCUUGUUAUUUUAACCUAGUCGAAGCCAAGCGAGGUGUUUUUCCUUUAA